UGAUACGAUAAUUUACGGGUAUUGACAAAAAGCCCGAUUGGUUAAAUUUCUCAUAUUGUUUUCGUUCGCGAUCGGUCUUAUGUUUUCAUAAGUUGACAGUCAAAAGCAUCCCCGCAAACAUCCAUUUUCAUGCGAAUGAGAAGAACGUAACUAGAAACUUGUUAGGCCUUUCUUUGUUAAGAUCGCUGGAUUUAGUAGAGGUAAUAACGUAUUUCAUUCAUAACCUAUGCAUCACCUGGCUCACAUUGGUGAGUGGUGAGUGAAAGAAAAGGCAGAAAACGAAUGACUUAUGAAUGACAUUUUUUCUUUUGAGUCUUACAACAAAUCAUGAAUAAAAUUGGUGUAGAUUUACAUAGCAUGAAAAUAGAUACGCGUUCCGUAUCUAUUUUCAUAUUCCCCAUUUCAUUUUUCAGAGCCACUGAGCCAGCCUCUCGUAGCUCGCUCUUCAUGUUCAGAGAAACAUUGUUCAUGUCUGUCAGUCACGGAGUCACCCCUUUCAUGAACUUCUGUCCGCGUGUUAUUCUUGUGUUUGUGUUUUUGCUAUUGUACCUGCUCAGUAUGAUGCAUGAUGAAAUAUGUUAGAAAGGAAUUUGUACUCGAUAUGACAGACAUGAAGGUGAAUGGCAUAAAUCUACAGCCAUGAACAGUUGUCGUGCCAAGUGUCAAAAUAGUAAAUAUGGAAAUCGCAAUAAAAAAUUUAUGCAUGACUGAGAUUAAGCAAUAACAAUAUAUUUGAGAAACGAACGAGCAUUUCAUCAUACACAAUCAAUUAUAAAUAACGAUCUUUCAUUUUGACGUUGUUUGACACAUGUUUGUCAUUUUGAUAGAUGGAAACGAUUCAAUUAUUUAAAUAUUCUUUAAAUGCUAAUGUGCAUAACAAACAAGAACAAAUAGAGUUUGAUCUUCAAAGAUUUGAUUUUAUUGAGUUUUAAUUGAUUGAAAUAUUUUUAUUUCUUUCUCUCUGGUUUAAGUAGCUCUUUCAUUUUGGAUUGUUUCCACUGAAAAGCGAAUUAUAAAAAGACAUAACAUCAAUAUGAAACGAUAAAGCCAUCAAGUAUUUAGACGUUCUAAGUGAAAUUUAAGAGAGAUAUUGGUAAAAAGAUUGGCUUCAAGUUCGAGAUGAGUGAUACAUUUGUUCCUGUCGACCUGGACAAAUUACUAGAUGAUUUUGAACAACAAGAUGCCCAAUCUCAUGAGUCACUCAUAUCUCAUACAUCAGAAAACACACAUGCUCCAUGUUCCAAUGGCACAAUUACAUCAGAGUCAAGCUUGUCUUUGCCAAAAACAGUUCAAUGCAAGGCGUUUGCUGGUCCUAAGAUGCUCAGUGAAGAUCAUGCACGGAAUUUUGAAGUGACAAAUGUUACUUCUUUGGUUUCUAAUAAAAAUAUUGAUGUACAGUUUGGAAAUGUUGAUGCUGACAAAUUCAGUUUUAAGAAUAUGAAUGAGCAUAGCAAACUGAAGGCUAAAUGUUCUGUGGCCGAACUGUCUGAGGCUGAACCUUCUGAGGCUAAAACUUCAAUCGAUGACCUUGUGGACUUAACUUGUGAAACUGUCUCAUCAAAGCCGGCCUUUUCAAAAACCUGUUACACUGUCUCAUCAACGCCAGCUUUUUCAAAUGGAAUAGACCUUUUGGGACCAAUGGACUCAGUCACUGAAACUCUAUCGGAUGUUGCAAUUUUAAUACCCAAUCGAAGAUCUUCUCCCACUAAUCUGCAACAUUUGGAAGCAAGGCCUUCAAAUAAACCAUCUGACUUGCAAAAAGAUAUUUCAUUGAUAUCCAUUGAUGCUCCUUUUGCUAAUGGUGGAACCACGUCACAUCCAAUUAAUGUUCUUGCUGCCUCUGAUGAUAUGCAGACGGAAUGUAAAGGAUUUGAUGAAAAAUAUGGAGAGUCUUUGUCAAUCAAAAAAAGUCAAAUUACUGCUCCUAGUAGUGCAUCCAAUGAAAACUCUGUAAAUAAUUAUCUUAAAUCAGCUGCUGCAGCUGCUGUGAAUGUAACUAAACCAGGGGAGUCUUCAGUGAUAGAUAAGAACUCUAUGGCUUCAACUCAUGUUGCUACUGAAAUAAAGAAUUUUGAUGGAAGUAAAAUUGUUGAUGCUAGUUCAUCCAAUCAAAACUCUGUAGAUACUUCUUUUGAAUCAGCCGAUGCAAAUGCUAUCAAUGUAACUAAACCAGAGGAAUCUUCAAAGAUGGAUGGGAACUCACUGGCUUCUAUUCAUUAUACCACAGAAAUGAGGGCUGGCACUAGUAAAUCAAACAAAAACUCCACAAAAACUUCUUCUGAAUCAGCUUUUGCAAAUGUUAUGAAUGUAACUAAACCAGAGGAAUCUUCAAAGAUGGAUGGGAACUCACUGGCUUCUAUUCAUGUUACCACAGAAAUGAGGGCUGGCACUAGUAAAUCAAACAAAAACUCUGUAGAUACUUCUUCUGAAUCAGCUGUUGCAAAUGUUAUGAAUGUAACUAAACCAGAGGAAUCUUCAAAGAUGGAUGGUAACUCACUGGCUUCUAUUCAUGGUACUACAGAAAUGAGGGCUAGCACUAGUAAAUCAAACAAAAACUCUACAAAAACUUCUUCUGAAUCAGCUGUUGCAAAUGUUAUGAAUAUAACUAAGCCAGAGGAAUCUUCUAAGAUGGAUGGGAACUCACUGGCUUCUAUUCAUGGUACCACAGAAAUGAGGGCUGGCACUAGUAAAUCAAACAAAAACUCUGUAGAUACUUCUUCUGAAUCAGCUGUUGCAAAUGUUAUGAAUGUAACUAAACCAGAGGAAUCUUCAAAGAUGGAUGGUAACUCACUGGCUUCUAUUCAUGGUACCACAGAAAUGAGGGCUGGCACUAGUAAAUCAAACAAAAACUCUGUAGAUACUUCUUCUGAAUCAGCUGUUGCAAAUGUUAUGAAUGUAACUAAACCAGAGGAAUCUUCAAAGAGGGAUGGUAACUCACUGGCUUCUAUUCAUGUUACUACAGAAAUGAGGGCUAGCACUAGUAAAUCAAACAAAAAAUCUGUAGAUACUUCUUCUGAAUCAGCUGUUGCAAAUGUUAUGAAUGUAACUAAACCAGAGGAAUCUUCAAAGAUGGAUGGGAACUCACUGGCUUCUAUUCAUGUUACUACAGAAAUGAGGGCUAGCACUAGUAAAUCAAACAAAAACUCUGUAGAUACUUCUUCUGAAUCAGCUGUUGCAAAUGUUAUCAAAGUAAUUAAGCCAGACGAAUCUUCAAAAAUGGAUAGGAACUCAUUGGCUUUGACUCGUGUUGCCACAGAAAUGAAGGCUGGCACUAGUGUGUCAAAUAAAAACUCCGUAGUUACCUCUUUUGAAUCAUCUGUUGCAGAUGCAGGUGAAACCGAACAUGAAAAAUUUUCACUAUUGGAUAGGAGUUCAUCAGUUUCAACUCAUGGUAUUACAGAAAUCAAAGCUUUUGACGAAAGCAAUUUGGAUAACAUUGAUGAUCAGCCAUCAAAUGAUGUAUUAUUUGGAAUCAGCGAAGACACUGCCAUACUUUCCGGGCAAAACGUGAGUUUUGAAGGGGAGAACACAAAUACUGUCUUAGAACAACCAGUGAUACAUGUUGUAUCGAAAAUGGAUGCUUCGAGUAAUCCUCGAGAGGGUCCGUCCUCUCAUCCUUUCACCCAAGAUCAUUCUGCAGAUCAUACGGAGUCUGUUGAAUAUCCUGCAAAUGAAGCGCAGCUCGAAAACUGUGCAAGUCUUAGUAAACGUAAUGAUAAUAUCGUGGAGGAAAGUGAUAUAAUUCAAAGUACCGCGGAAGCGACAAACUUCCUAAAUAGCGAGGCCAAUCAAUCUGUUAAUCAAUAUACAGAUCAAGAUGGAAUAGCAGGCAUCUCAGAACCCCAUGUUCAAACUGAUUUUGAGCACCUGUUUGAGUUUGCCCUCACCGCUCCCACGUGGAUGCUUGAUAGUGACGUGAGCAGUUGUAUGAACUGUCAAUGUAAAUUUACUGUAGUAAAACGACGUCAUCAUUGUCGAGCAUGUGGAAAGAUAUAUUGUUCAUCGUGUUGCAACUUGAAAUUUAGUCUUCCAUACAUGGACAACAAACUUGCUCGAGUUUGUCAAACAUGUGCCAAUAUUCUUUUGCGAAAGCAAGCUAUGCUCUUGGAUGAAAACAAUUUUAUUCCUGACAAUCAAGUCCCAGGAUUGUACCUCGACUCUAACGCUGGUGAUGAACCUGCAGCUUCCGCUGCAGAGACAUCGGAUAUUGAGCAUUCAAUAAUACCCCGUACUGAAGAACCUCCUGAUUAUAACGCUACAGAAAUGUUUCCAACAAACGCAAUCACUGGAGCCCAAUCACCUGUCCAAAACGCAGACGCUCCAACUGAAUCGGAAAUGCUUCCGACCCGGCUUAGAUCACCCAUGUCCUCUGGUGCAUCUAGAGCUGAUGUUUCACCUUUUAGCUCCUCUGUAUCUUUACCGCCUUUAUUACGGAAGACUGAUCAAGGUUUUGUUGUGGAGGAUUCUCCAAAUCACGAAGAGCUUCUGUAUCUAUUGAAGAAGCGCAAAGAAACCGUUGCGUUUCUUUUAAACAAACACUUGGUCGUGCGAAUCAAAAUCGUUAAGUUGAACUCUAGCGUCAAGAGGAAAUGUUGGUGCUUUAGUACAGAAGGAAUGCAGGCUGCGGAUCAAGAAGAUAUGGUUAUUCUUUUGGAAUGUCUCCCAAAAGAGUCAUCCAUACCUCAAGAUCUACUUACACACUUCAACACGGCAUUCAGAUAUGCCAAACAAGGUCACAGAGUCACUGAUCUCGGCUAUACUAUAUUUGGGCAACCCUUUUUGGGCUCAUUACGUAAUGCAGGAUUUGUUUAUGUCAAAUCUUCUUUUCAGUGCCUGGACAAUUUAAUUCUGCCAUCAGGUCCUCAUAUUUUUGGCAUUCUUAUUCAACGAGAUGAGGUUUCAUGGGUUCAGUUAUUUCCCAUCAGAUUAAUCCUUCGUCUUGGUGCGGAGUACAAAGAAUAUCCUUGUCCUUUAUGGAGUGUGAGAAAUCGAGAUCCCUUAUUUGGUGAUGUUGGUCAUACAAUUAUGAAUCUCCUUGCUGAUUUUAAAAAUUUCCAAUACACAUUACCGCGAGUAACGGGGACGCAUGUUCAUCUGGAAAGUCAGAAGGUUGUUAUUCAGUUGCCGCAAAAUCGUUAUGACGAGGUUUUAAAGGUUGUAAAUGCGGCAGACGAGUAUGUCAUGGCUUUUGAAGCUACAUUUAGCAACGUUGCCGACUCUUAUCUUGUGUGCAUUCAGGAUGGUCCUAAUUAUAAAACUCAGUCCAUCAACUUGGAAGAUCGUCAACAAAAUGGUACGACAUUCACGGGUGCCAGUUUUGUUGUCUUUAAUGGAGCUCUAAAGAGCAACAACGAUAUUCGUGCCAAAGUCAGUAUUGUUGAAGAUGGGGUCAUGAUCCAAAUGGUGAAACAACUCAUCGAGGAUAUGCGACGUGCAAUAUUACAGACGAGUGACUUCACAAUAUACACGAGAUCAGUGAACUCAGACAACCCUGGAAUCAAGGUAGUCGAGUUACAGUGGGUUUCCAAAAGAGCUCAUGAAAGACAAAGCAUUAUAAGUCCCGUUGACGGUAUCGUUCUUGGCUCUACAUCGGAUAUAAAGAUAAACACACACUUCGACUUUUCCACGCCCAAUAUCUUCAGACUUCGCUGGACUGAGCUAUUUUUUGGCGAAAGAACAUCCUGUAACAUCACCGUCGAGUUUAAAGAGGUUACUGCAGAUAUUGCAAAAGCUUGCUCCUCAGCUUUGCAACCAUACCUUGCUGAUCUCUAUCGCAUGGGGAAACAUCGCAUCGGGUUACGUGUUAAUCUUGGACCAGAUACGGUUGGUUACAUGAUUGGUUCCCAAGGUUCGCCUUUAGAUAAAGAAAUGUCGACAGACUUGGACAACGAACUAAUACCAGCCAUUCAUAAUGCCGUUAAUCCGUCAAGCAAUUCUCCGUCCUCGAUGGAGUUCCUGUUCAGUGUCGUUGAAAUGCUAAGCUAGGUGAACGAGAGAAGUGGAUGAACCAUGGCGUCCCUGUCAUUUCAAGGAUGGUGACAACGUCUGUUUGAUAUGUGUUUAUUCAUGAACAGCAUUUAAAUUGUAACAGCAGUAUGUUCACAAUUACCAAAAAUACAAACAAAUAACCAUUCGUGAUUUUAUGAUCGUCGAGCUCUUUCAAAAGAUCAUCGCCGUAACUACAAUACUUUAGCAGAUACAAUCUGGAUACAUGUAUAUUUAUGUGUAUAAUGUCAAUGGAUUCAUGUGUUAUAAGUGUGUAAUAUCGGGGGGUGCAUGUUUAUUUUUGUGUAUUUAUGUGUAUAAUUUUGUUAGACUGCUCCUUGUCAGAAAAACUUGUGAACACUCUUCUCUUCUAUAGUUUCUUGUUGUAGGUGUAUAAAACACUUUUUGUAACCAGUCACCUCUUGUUCAUUCCCAAGCGUAAAAUUAUAAUCAGUAGGCAAUAA